AUGUCUGCCCAACGGAUCACAGAAAGCGUUGGUAACGCCUCGCUCGAGGCCUCCGUCGCCGCUGCCACCGAACAAAAGGUCACACCCUGGGACGUCGAAGGAGCCACCGUCGACGGUCAACAAGUCGCUAUUGACUAUGACAAGCUUGUCAAAGAGUUCGGUACACGCAAGAUCGACCCUGAGCUCCUCGCCCGAUUCGAAAAGCUCACUGGCUGGAAGGCACACCCUUUGCUCCGACGAGGAAGCUUCUUCUCCCACCGUGAGCUCGACAAGAUCCUCGACCGCUACGAACAAGGCAAGCCCUUCUACCUCUACACAGGCCGAGGACCAAGUUCGGACUCUAUGCACUUGGGACACUUGAUCCCCUUCCUCUUCACCAAAUGGCUCCAAGACGUUUUCGAUUGCCCCUUGGUGAUCCAACUCACCGACGACGAAAAGUUCCUCUUCAAACCCGCGCUCAAAAUCGAACAAGUGAAAGAUUUCGCCUUCAAAAACGCCCGCGACAUCAUCGCAUGCGGCUUCAAACUCGACAAAACCUUCAUCUUCUCCAAUCUCGAUUACGUGGGUGGUGCAUUCUACGCCAACAUCGUUCGCAUCUCCCGAAUGAUCACCAUCAACCAAUCCAAAGGAACCUUUGGUUUCACCGAUAGCGACAGUGUCGGUAAAGCACACUUUGUUUCGAUUCAAGCGGCACCUUCGUUCUCCAACUCUUUCCCGCAGAUCUUUGGCGAGAAGCACGACAUUCCUUGUUUGAUCCCAUGCGCUAUUGAUCAGGAUCCAUACUUCCGUCAGACUCGAGAUGUCGCUUCGCGUUUGAAGUAUCCUAAACCUUGCUUGAUCCAUAGCAAGUUCUUCCCUGCGCUGCAGGGUAGUCAGACAAAGAUGUCAGCAUCGAACGAGAACAGCAGUAUCUUUAUGCACGAUACGCCGAACCAGAUUAAGAACAAGAUCAACAAACAUGCUUUCUCGGGCGGACAGGAGACUGCGGAAGAACAGCGUAGAUUGGGUGGUAACCCUGAUGUCGAUGUCGCCUAUCAGUAUCUGACGUUCUUUUUGGAUGACGAUGCGGAAGUGGAACAGAUCGCAAAGGAUUACAGGUCCGGUGCGUUGUUGACGGGAGAACUGAAGAAGAAGUGCAUCACGAUGCUGCAGAAGGUGGUAAGCAAUUUCCAGGAAAAGAAGGCUGCGGUUACGGAUGAGAAGAUCAGAGAGUUCAUGAACAAGGAUAGAAGGAUCGACCCUAUUAUGCCACCAGCUGGAUCGACGGCAAAGUUACAAGCUGAGCUGUCGAAGGAUACUGUUGUUGCUAGUACUAAGGCAUAG